AUGGAAACAGAAACAAGUAAAGUAUCUUCGGAAGAUGAUAACAAGAUACAGAAUUCUCGACCAGAAACGCCUACCAGAUAUCACCUACCUGUAUCUUCAAAUAUUGGAACGAGAAAAAAAGCUUCCCUAGAAAUCUAUAUUCAAAAUAGUAAUUCUAAGAAAUCAGUAAACGAAACUUUCAAUAAGCAAGAGAAUAAUUUUAAAAUAAAUGAACAAUCAAAUAAAAAAUAUUAUAAAGAAGGUUAUGUACACUGCAGUUCAAGAAAUGACAUCGAAGUCUGUAACCAUGAAAGAAAAAAAUUUUAUGAUUCUUCUUCGUUCGAUCCUAAUCGAUAUCGGGUCGAGUUACAAAAUCGAACAGAUACUACAAAUUCCUAUUUUUUAGAAAACGACCAAGACGAUCACAAAAAAAAUGCGUUAGAGAAAAUAUUUAUACAUUCAGAGAGGGAAGAGAGAAGUUUAGACAGAAAUACUUUCAGAGAAAGACUCAGUAGAAGUAAGUCGCUCAAAAAUUUCUUUGUGUCCAUGAUAAAGUGGAAAAAGUCUAAAACUAAGGAGAGACCUCGACGCUUUAUGUCUUGUGAUCAUUUAUUGGAGGACACAAAAAUAAUUGGUUGUAAAAAUGAUAAAAUAUUACAAAGAACUUCUUCAUAUCAAGCAAUCGUUUUCCAUCAAGAAAAUUUUGAGCAGGUCAAACGUAACGCGACAAUUCAUCCUAUUUAUAGAGGGAAGAGAAAUCAACAGCUUUUGGAAGUACUUGCAAAAAAAAAUGAAGAUCGUAGACGUCUUUUGAUACAUGGAAGCAUGGAAAAUCUUGUAAAACCCUCUGCAAUCAAGGACAUAGUAAAACAUCUCGAAAAUAGUAAAACGUCACAGCUUCCGCAAGAAUCGCGAAAAUAUUAAUGACUAUUCCAAUGAAAGAAAACAUUGACUGCAAAGGAAGAUGAUGAUAUACUUAUUCAGUUUCAUAACUUGUGACAAAUAUUACUUCUUUGUAUGAUAAUAAAAACCAAAUGCCUUUUUAGGAUGUUGACCCACACAUGACAUUGUGAAAAACUAGUAAAUUUAAUUUACUAAUAUUGAAUGUUUAAUUUCAUCGUAUAUAUUUAAUAUUUUAAUUAAAUAAAUAAUAUCUUCAAUAAUUUUUUGUAUAUGCGGCCGCUGUUUAGUUUUAAUAUCAAAAAUAUGCGUAAGAAAUGGAUAUAUUUAUGGUAGAUUUGAAUUAAGUUUGAAUUAAAUUUGAUUUAAAUUCGAGUUCAGAAUAGGCAGAAAAAUGUUAAUGACCAAGUUUGAAGUAGACUAUUUUGAAUUAAAUAACAUACAUUCUAUUCAACUUUAUAAAACCUAAGCAAUGUAAAAAGAUUUUAAA